AUGGCACCCUCGGCGAUAGUGGACUCGGCGCCCGUCUCCCCCACGAUCAACGGGGAUCGGCCCCGAAUUCUGGUCCCGGAAAAGGUCUCGCCCGAUGGCCUGGCCAUGCUCACCGGCCUUUAUGAAGUUGACAAGAGACAAGAGCUGUCGGCCGAGGAGCUCCUUGAGAUCAUCCCAAACUACCACGGCCUGAUCGUCCGCUCCGAGACCAAAGUGACGGCUCAGGUCCUUUCUGCAGCCGCAAGGCUGCGCGUCGUUGCCAGGGCCGGCGUAGGUGUUGACAAUAUCGACGUCGACGCUGCAACCAAGCAAGGUAUUAUCGUCGUCAACUCACCUGCGGGAAACAUUGUCGCCGCAGCCGAACACACCGUCGCGCUGCUCCUCGCCACGGCGCGUCACGUCGGUAGGGCUGACAGCACCCUAAAGGAGGGCAAGUGGGAGCGCGGCAAGCUGGUUGGCGUCGAGGUCGGUCGCAAGACUCUUGGCGUCAUCGGACUGGGAAAGGUCGGCAUCAGGGUGGCGCGCAUGGCGACGGGACUGGGUAUGAAGGUCAUAGCCUUGGAUCCAUAUGCGAGCGAGGACCUUGCAAAGCAGGCACAGGUCAAGUUGGUCAGCUCACUGGAGGAUUUGUUGCCGGCCGUCGACUUCUUGACCAUCCACACCCCGUUGCUCGCCAGCACACUCAACCUCCUUGGGGAGGCAGAGUUCCAGAAGAUGAAGCCAACGGCGCGCGUGCUCAACGUGGCUAGGGGAGGGGUUUAUAACGAGGAUGCACUGAUCCGUGCACUGGACGAGGGCUGGAUUGCGGGAGCUGGCAUUGACGUUUUUACGUCGGAACCUCCCGAGCCCGAGUCAUCUGCGGCAAGGCUGGCGGCGCACCCAAAGGUUGUGGCGACGCCGCAUCUCGGAGCAUCGACUGUCGAGGCCCAAGAGAACGUUUCGCUUGACGUAUGCGCGCAGGUGCUCGAGAUACUGCGAGGCGGACUCCCCACAGCUGCGGUAAACGCGCCCCUUAUCCUGCCUGAGGAAUAUCGCAAGCUGCAGCCGUUUGUGCGCCUGGUCGAAAGAAUGGGAGGGCUCUACACACAGCAUUUCGUCGGAUCCAGGGGCCGCAACAUGGGCAGUCGACGUUUUGAGCUCAACUACCAAGGCGACCUGGCGUCCGUCUCCAACACACGCCCUCUCUUCGCGGCUCUUAUCAAAGGUCUGGUGUCUAGCAUCAGCGACUCGGGCGGCCGGGACGUCAAUAUCGUCAACGCCAUGCUCAUUGCCAAGGAGAAGGGGAUCGCGGUGAACGAGACGCAUACGCGAGAAUCCAGUGACCAGGUAUAUGCCAGUCUUGUUACUCUCAGAGUUAGUGGUGCUGGUGAUGACGACCAGCAUGUGAUUGAGGGAUAUGUUAGCGGGCAGAACGUCUACAUCAGCAGACUGGGCCGAUUCAACGCCAACUUCACACCCGACGGUAUGAUGCUCAUCUUGCACAACUACGACGAGCCUGGAAAGAUUGGCAACGUCGGCAGCGUCUUGGGCAGGCACUAUAUCAAUAUCCGCUUCAUGCAGGUUGCGGGUCUUGCUCUAGAUGACCAGCACAAACAGCAAGUCGGUAGUAGUCGGAGCCGUGUGGGUGAAUAUGAGAACGAGGCACUCAUGAUUCUUGGAGUUGAUGGAGAGAUUACCAACGAGGUGCUGCAUGAUCUUAGCCACGCCGAAGGUAUUCUCAACGUAAGCCUUGUGCGGCUGUAA